UCUAUUAGUCGAAUCACCCCCGCUCGCCCAACUCCACACGUAAUCCCAACACCGUUGCCGGCUCCUCCGCCCUCUCCUUCUCGCCAAUGUAACGGAUUCGGGUCUCCGUUCAGCGGUGAGGAAGGAGGCAGUGGAGGACCGAGGGACCACUUCGGCUCCGAUUCAACCCCCUCGCCACCCUCCCCCUGCCGCCGGGCCAUGGAGACGAAGCCGCCACCUCCUCCGCUUCCACCACCGCAGCUACAGCGACGGGGAAAGUGGGUGGUGCCCCUGCUCGCAUCUUUCUUUCUCUCGUCCCUCUUCAUCUCCGCCUCCAUCUUCUCCUCGUCCUCGUCCUUCUCCUCCUCCGCUGCCGCCUCCUUGUCCCGCCAGGCCCUCCUCCUCCUCUCGUUCUCCCAGAUCCCGAUCCCUAUCGGCGACGAUCCCCUUUUCGUGGAGUCCAAGCUCCGCAGCCGGCCGCUGUCCGCCGCUGCCCCUGCUCGGCCGGUCCCCCGUCUCGCUUAUCUAAUCUCCGGCUCGGCCGGUGACGGCGCCAGCCUCCGGCGGACCCUUCGCGCGCUCUACCACCCGGCCAACCAGUACGUGCUCCACCUCGAUCUCGAGGCCUCCGCGGCGGAGCGCCUCGAGCUAACCGCCAUCGUCCGGGAAGACCCGGUCUAUACCCGCUUCCGCAACGUUAGGGUCGUCUCCCGCGCCAACCUGGUCACCUACCGUGGUCCGACCAUGGUCUCCAACACUCUCCACGCCGCCGCCAUCCUCCUCAAAGAGGCCGGCGACUGGGACUGGUUUAUCAACCUCAGCGCCUCCGAUUACCCUCUUGUCACCCAAGACGAUCUAUUGUACACACUAUCAAGUUUUCCGAGGGACUUGAACUUUAUAGAGCACACUAGCGACAUUGGAUGGAAGGAGUAUCACAGGGCUAAGCCUGUUAUUAUAGACCCUGGGCUUUAUAGCUCGCAAAAAACAGAUGUGUUUUGGGUUUCUGAGAAAAGGAGUGUACCCACUGCAUUCAAGCUCUUCACAGGCUCUGCUUGGAUGAUGCUUUCUCAUCAGUUCAUCGAGUUCUUGUUAUGGGGGUGGGACAACCUCCCAAGAACAGUUCUGAUGUAUUAUGCAAACUUUCUGUCAUCUCCUGAGGGGUAUUUCCACACUGUAAUCUGCAAUGCGCGUGAUUUCCGCAACACCACAGUCAACCAUGACCUUCACUUCAUAUCUUGGGAUAACCCUCCGAAGCAGCAUCCUCACCUUCUCACACUAAAUGACUUCUCAAGGAUGGUCAGCAGUAAUGCUCCAUUCGCAAGGAAGUUUGGCAGAGAUGAUCCAGUACUCGACAAGAUCGACAAGGAGCUCUUGGGCCGUGAUCCUGAUGGUUUUGUGCCUAGUGCAUGGUGUGACAAUCUGAAGAUGGAUACUGGCAAUAAUCUACCAUUUGCAGUGAGGAAUGUCACUGAGCUGAGGCCUGGGGCAGGUUCCCAGAGGGUCAAAGCCCUAAUAACGGGUCUGCUUUCAGCAGAUGGUUUUGAGAAGAAGCAUUGCAUUUGAUCAUAUGAGUUGUAAAUUUCUUGAGCUAUGAUGCUUUGAGCUGUCUUGAGCCUCGUCAACUCAAAAGCAGUGAAUAGGUGCAGGAGAUCUGUUACUUGCCCGGAAGGUCAUAACCUGGAAAGGGUAGGAAUCUAUGCAAAUAAUGACUUGUUUUGCUUCUCGUUGGUGAUAGAGUUAGUAUGUAAAGCAGCUAAUCUCAAACUCCCUGGCCUUGGUGGAUUACAAUCUGCAUGUGGGCAUGAACUAUCCAUCAAUGCCGAUAUCGAGUACAUCAAAUCUGGUGUUCAGAAGUCACUAUACGCCCUAAUGUAUCAGCAUAAUUCGGCGGCUUCGUUCUGCAGAGAUUCAUUCAAUGUCUAAUUUAUGUGCUAUUUGUUUGAUCA